GCAAGUGUGGGUCGGUCAGCUCGCUUAUCAAUUCGAGUAUUUUGCAUUGUUUAACAAUGCAAACCACAACGUUUUCGUAAGAUUUAAUUCGCCACAAGAAAAAGAAAAGUACAAAGCAAAGCUGAAAAUAAAACAGAUCGAAAGUUAAAAUCCGUGAUUUAAAUGCCGAAAUGAUUUUCAAAAAUAAGAGUAUUUUGCUUGUAAGCUUAAUUUGCUAUAUAUUCGAUGCCAAUGCAAGCAGUGAAUGUAAGCCCCGGCGAACUAAGUAUGGCUUGGUAUGUGUUUGCACAGCUACAUAUUGCGAUUAUUUGGAGAAUCCACAGCCGACCGCUAAUAAUGUGGUAGUCGUCUCCACAAGCAAGGAAGGCCGCCGUUUCGCCGUUCAGGCAAAACUGUUGAUUAUAUAG